GUCGUCGUCCGGAGGGUGCCACACUUGUACCGUAGCUACAUACUUAAGCACAUAGCUAGUGUAGGCAUCAAUAUUGAUCGAAAGGGCGUCCCAGCGAAGAAAUGCUUGACGUCGCAGAGUUGAGAAAGCUUGCGAAAGACCUCCAAUCGGGUGGUAGUCCUAAAGAAACGAUUGAUAUUCUGCAUCUCUUGAAGAAGGAUGUCGUUGCUAGCGAGUCUCUUCUUAGGGAGAGUAGGAUUGGAUUGGCAGUGGGAAAGCUGAGGUCGAACGUAUCGAAGGAGGUCGCAGACUUGGCCAAGGAGCUGGUGAAGAAGUGGAAGAAUGAGGUUGGAGGGUCGAAGGGUUCCUCUGGUCCUGCCACUCAUCAUAACGCUGUUGCCAAACCAAUUCCUGUGCGCAAGGCUUCUGUGGCGGAGUCUGUCGGGUCGCCAACGACACCCACUGGAUCGUCUUUCGCGCGCUCUAGUAAGACGGAUGGAGUCGUCAUUAAUGUCACCAAAGACAAGACUAGAGACAAGUGCAUCGAGUUGAUUUACGACUCGCUUGUCCUUGAUUCUGCGGCUCCCUCAGACCUUAUUCUGAAACGAGCAACAGCUAUAGAAUCUACUGUGCUGGAAGACCACAAUAAUGACACCGGCAAAGAGUACAAGGGAAAGAUUCGUUCGUUGUUCUUGAACUUGAAGGACAAGAACAACCCUGGUCUGCGUGCAAAUAUCGUUAGUGGCGAGCUUGAGGUAGCGAAGUUCUGCAGAAUGUCGAGUCAGGAAAUGGCAUCAGAAGAGAGGAAAGCAGCAGAUAAAGCUAUACAGGAAGAAAACUUUUACAAAUCCCUUGGUGCGGAGGAACAGCAGGCAGAGACGGAUGCGUUCCAGUGUGGGAAGUGCAAGCAGAGGAAGACGCGUUAUCGUCAAGCCCAGACGAGGAGUGCGGAUGAACCGAUGACGACCUUUGUAACAUGCGUCAACUGCAAUCAUCGGUGGAAAUUCUCUUAAUUCCUCUCCAGCCUUUCCCAUCCAUUCGCUUUCGUUUUUCAUAUCUUUCAUCCCCUGCCCAGUGCUUUGUACCUGGCGUGCUUUGAGAACUUCCUUACCCUUUCACUUUCUUUUAUCCUCACUUUUCUCGUCUUAAUCUAUUUUUCGUGUAUACUUUCCACUCUCUUUAUGUAGUUUCCUUCAUUGCGUUCCGUCACUUUUGAGCGUGGCCGAAGUAAAAUAGUUGAGACAGUAGAUCAAAAAUAAAAAAUUACUAAAC